AUGAUCUCGACCGCUGCUCUGCUCACUCUCGUCCCAGCCGUCCUGGCUAUUCCAAGCAACAUUAACAAGAGGACUGGUCCAGAUGGCGCCUCUGUGCUCUCCACCAUCAUCGCUGGAACCACGACCUAUUACUCCCGUGGAUGCUACGACGAGCUCAAGUUCGGUCAACAUGCUCUCCAGCACGAGAUCACCUCUACCCUCACCUCUGUCUCCGCUACGACUUGCGUUUUAGGCUGCCAACUCGCUGGCUACUCCAUCGCCGGUGUCAUGAACGGCAAUCAGUGCUUCUGCGACAAUGCCAUGUCCCCCGACGCUCCAGAACUCGACGCCGAGCAAUGCGACUCUGCUUGCUCUGGUAAUCCUCUCGAGGUCUGCGGUGGUGUCUGGCACUAUGACAUUUACUAUACGUCGCCCACCGAUGACAUUCCUGCACCUGCUCCUGUCAGCCAGGUCACGACUGGUGGUCAGACCUGGGUCAACCUCGGAUGCUACGUCGAUCAAGUCUCGUGCCGCACUCUCCCCGACUGGAUGUUUGCCGCUGACAACAUGACGCCCGAGCUCUGCGCCGCGACUUGCAAGGACGAGGGCUACGCUGUUGCCGGUAUUGAAUGGGGCCGCGAGUGCUACUGCGGUAACACCAUCUACAACCCGACGCUCGCACCCCUCAGCGAAUGCAACCAGGCCUGCUCUGGAGAUUCUACCAAGGCUUGUGGUGACCAGGACCGUAUCUUGUUCUACACUGUCGACGGCCAGCAGCCCAGCACGGCCCCCAACAGCUGCGGUGGCACCACCAGCUCUUCGUCCUCGAGCUCUUCGACCUCUAGCUCCUCGUCGUCUAGCUCGUCUAGCUCUUCGUCUAGCUCGUCUAGCUCGUCCAGCUCUUCCAGCUCGUCUAGCUCGACGACAACGCAGCCCACGACUACUCGCCCAACGACGACCAGCUCGAGCACGACCAAGCCUUGCACGACCUCGACAUCUACUCCUAAGCCGACCACGACCAAGCCCUGCACGACUUCUACCACUCCUAAGCCGACUACCACUCCUAAACCGACUACGACCUCUACCAAGCCGUGCACAACUUCGACGCGCCCCACUACCACGUCGACGCCUCCCAAGCCCCAGCCAACAUGCGGACGCCCAAACAACCAUGACGGAUACAUUCAUCAGGGUUGCUACAACGAGAACCCAUGGUGGCGUACCAUCAACCAAUACUCGUUUAGCUCCAACUCGAUGACCCCAUCCAUGUGCUCUGACAAGUGCUUCAGCAAGGGAUUCAAGUAUGCCGCGCUCGAAAAGGGUACCGAUUGCUACUGCGGUAACAACUGCCCUACGUCGCAGGCUCCCUCGAGUCAAUGCAGCAAGCCUUGCAAGGGUGAUAACAAGUACAUCUGUGGUGGUGAUAGCGGAAAGAUUACCGUCUACAUGUCGGUCUUUCUUGGCUAUCCCCGCUGGGCAUGGCCUUGGGGCUGGAACUAA